AUGGGGCUGCCUCGCAGAGCCGGGGACGCGGCGGAGCUGCGCAAGAGCCUGAAGCCACUGCUGGAGAAGCGCCGGCGAGCGCGCAUCAACCAGAGCCUGAGCCAGCUCCAGGGGCUCCUGCUGCCGCUGCUGGGCCGGGAGAACUCGCGCUCCUCGAAGUUGGAAAAGGCAGACAUCCUGGAGAUGACCGUGCGUUUCCUGCAGGAGCUGCCGGCGUCCGCUGCUCCUGCCGCCGCGCCUGCUCCCGCCGACAGCUACCGGGAGGGCUACCGCGCCUGCCUGGCGCGCCUGGCUCGGGUGCUGCCCUCCUGCCUCGUCCUGGAGCCCGCCGUGAGCGCGCGUCUGUUGGAGCAUUUGCGCCGGAGGGCGGCCGGCGCCAACUCCGACGGUGGGCACCCUGGAGACCCCGGGGAUCCGCCCUCGGCCGCCCCGCCGCCCGCGCCCGCGCCUCCGCCCUUGCCGCCCGCGCCUCCCCGCGGCCCUGGCUUCUGGCGGCCGUGGUAG